AUGCGCAAUACGGAGAUGCGCUAUGUUGAAUCAUCAACUAUUGGUAUGGGUAUCUACACCGACGGCCUAAGCACUUAUACCAACGACUGGCACCCCCCUGAGAAUCAUACUAUCAAUGAUUUAACCUCGAAUUCGUCAAGCGUUCUAUCCACUAUGCAAAGCGACCAUCAGUUGAUUUAUUUAACAGCCCCCGAAAUGACUACCGGGAAUGUUUCGACGUCUCUAUACAGUUCGAUGAAAGAAACAGUAGGACUUGCCGCCUACACCCCACAGUGGAGAGAUUCGGAAGAACAAGACCCUCGGACGUACAUCCAGUGUCCCUUUUCUCACGACCUAUUAAGCAUCAAAGGCUGUGAAUGGUGUGGCCAGCCUCCCAGCAUUUCGGAGGGACAUAUGCCGAGUCAAUCCUAUUGCUGCCCUCCGUCGAUAUCAGCUGCCAACGAGUACGGAGAGGAGCUAUCUCCACACUUUCCCAUCUCAUUAGCCUUGGAUACUUCCGCUGCCUUUGGCGUAGAUACUGGGUUCGGCCACACGAUCAUGGCUGAGGGAAAUCGGCCAUCCCAGGGAGAUCAAACACCAGGCGAGGAACUUGCCUUAGCACCUUCUAUGAUCGAGCCAUACUAUCCGAACAGUACAGGUUUCGAUGGGAUGGAUAGUGGUGGGUGGCCAGUCAUCUCAUUGGCGGGGAGCAAUGGAAGGAAUACAGCGAGCGCAAAUACUCCAGUAUCUACAGAUCAGUCUACAAUCUUGGGUUAUGGUGAAGGGAUGAUGCAGAAUUGGAUGAUGGGUCCCUACUGCUAA